GUAAACUGGCGUGUGUCCUUGGGUGCUGGUGGUGCAGAAAGGGCCAUUUUCUGAAUGCGCUCUAUCUAUCUCUUCCGAUCUGGCUACUAACCCUAACCCGCUUCGAACCGUGGCUUCCUCGGCCUCGCAGAACCUCUCUCGAAGAAAAUCUUCUUCUUCGUCUUCGUUUUCUCAACAAACUUCCGGGUCGACCCGGAUCGUUUACCGCGAACCUCGGAUCCCAUCGGAAUCCAAUUUUCCGAUCUGGCAGCAGAACUGGUUCAUCGCAUUGCUCUUCCUCAUGGCUCUCGGAUUCUUCGCCCUCGCUCUCUUCCUCUUCAUCACUUUCGACUCUGACAUCGCUCCUUCUUCCACCGCAUCCGCCGCUUCCUCCGAAGGCGUCGAGGUGCAGGUUACUUACGGCACGGUUCUGAAGCUUAUGCACGAGAAGACCAAAUUUCGGUUGCAUUCUCAUGACGUGCCCUACGGUUCUGGCAGUGGACAACAAUCGGUUACUGGUUUCCCCAGUGUUGACGAUUCCAAUAGUUAUUGGAUUGUAAGACCUGAGCCAGGAACUUCUGCUAAACAAGGUGACCCCAUUAAAAGUGGCACAAUCAUUAGAUUGCAGCACAUGAGGACAAGGAAGUGGCUGCACAGCCACUUGCAUGCAUCCCCGAUAUCAGGCAAUCUUGAGGUAAGUUGUUUUGGAGGAGAAUCCGAAUCUGACACCGGGGACUAUUGGAAGCUUAUAAUAGAAGGAAGUGGAAAGACUUGGAAGCAGGAUCAGAAAAUUCGCCUUCAGCAUAUUGACACUGGAGGCUAUCUACAUAGUCAUGAUAAGAAAUACAGUCGUAUUGCUGGGGGACAGCAGGAGGUUUGUGGUGUUCGUGAAAAGCGUGCUGACAAUGUCUGGUUGGCAGCCGAAGGUGUCUACCUUCCCGUUACGGAAAGCAAAUGAGUUAAUUAGUUAUUGUAAACCAUGGGUGGUGGGAGUGGCACAGAUGCAGAUUUUUCUAUUAAAGGAUAAAUAUACGGGACUAUUUUAGGGUUAGAUAACGGUAGUAAUAUUUUGUCAUAGUUACACUUUGUUAUGUAGUAAGUGCAUGGCCCCUUUUUCCCCGCAGAAAAUACUUGGUGUGGUUUCUUUUGUUUUUGUGACGCAAUAUGCUAAUUGCUAAUUCCUCUAAUUGGACUACGAAA